GGGGGGGGGGGGGGGAGGCAGCGAGGUUUCCAAGGCAAUGUGUUGUCGAAGGCUUUCAUGACCGGAAUCACUGGGUUGCUGUGAGUUUUCCAGGCUGUGUGCCCAUAUUCCAGUAGCAUUCUUUCCUGACGUUCUGCCUGCAUCCAUGGCAGGCAAUCUCAGAGGUUUGUGAGCCAAAGACGACACGAAGUUGCUGGUGUGAAAUAGUAAAUUCCAUAUCCAGACAGCAAGGUGCUGUCUGUGGAUGUCUUGCUUUUCUCAGCAAUUUUGACUCAUGCUUCUGCAAAGAGGGCCCAGCUUUAGCAAUCCUGUGUGUAAACUACGAACUUGAGGCCGACUGGAAAUGGCACGACCGGUGCGUAGGAAUAAGAAAGUAGUUGACUACUCUCAGUUUGGGGAUAAAGACAACGAUGAUGAUGACUUUGCAAGUGUUACUGUCCAUUCAAAGAAAAAGUCAAGAAGAGAGUGCUUAGAGUCAAAGAAAGAAAAAAUAGACAAGCAAAAACAGUCCCGUAAAGAUGACAUUCAGUCACAGAAGCUUUCACCAAAUGAGAGAGUUGCCUUGGAUGACAGACUUUACAAGAGAGACAUGGAAAUUGCCUUAGCAUUGUCAGUGAAUGAAUCAUCAGGAAAUAGCCAUAUCCUGCAAGAUUUGCAGGGACAAGAUGCAGCUGGAUACAAUCCUAAUCCCAGUCAACAGAAGAAAGUCCUUACAAAAUCACCCACACAAGGCCUCAGGCUUGGCCUUUCCCGGUUGGCAAAAGUGAAACCAUUGCACCCACAUUUUGCCAACAUCUAAGAAUGGCUGUGAGAUCUUCAGAGGAUUCUAAAAUAAAAUCAAAAGAACAGGAUCAGGUGGAGAAAGUGUCUCAUAUAUAUAUUGCAGGUAAAAAAACCUAUUCCAGAUGAGUAGGAUUGGCAGGGUUUUUACAAAGAAAACUGCUACCUGAGCUGUUUACACUUUUAAAUAAUAAUAUUGGCGCUCCCCUAAACACUGUUCAAAUUAUUGGCCAAUUCUUUCCAGUUCUAUAGACAUAUAAUGGCUUGACAUUUCAUACAUUUGUGGCUUCAUAAAAGUCAGAAAUUAGAAGAAACCAGUCAAUUGUGGCUCUGGACUGGAAGAGUUGGACAUUUAGUUACAAGCAAUCUUGAUAUAAUAUCUUCUUGAUAGGAAAAAACUAUUGUUUUCAGAAGCUUGUGUUGCAGUUUCUCUGACACAAAUGUCCAUGUUAUUCCUCCGAUUUUUGUAAGAAGUAUUACUUGAUUUUUGUGUACAGGUAUGCAUUUUAAUCGUAAAUAUAUGCAGUGUACUGCAACUUUUAUAGAAAUUAAAUAAAAUGUUUUUAGAAAUGGAAAA